CCUUUAGAAACAUCGGAGGCUAUAAUGGACUGCCUCCCUGUGUCAGAUCUUCUUACACUCAGUAAAUCAUGUAAACAAACACGAAUCGACGUCACAAACUACAAGAAACGAGUUUUUAGUAUCAAACAUGCCUAUCGUAACUUUUUCAACAUGGAAGAGAUUGCACAAUUCCAAAAAUUGCAGAGUUCGAUUGGGUUAUUAGUGUCUGGCUCAAUUGUUCUCGAAUUUUUCAAUCGAGAAAGUUACAAUGGAGACCUCGAUGCAUUCUGUAACAUUCGUUACUGUACAAUUGCUGGAGAAUGGCUAAUUUCUCGCGGCUACUCAUUCCAACCCAAAGAAAAUCAACCUCUCGAUUUCAACGACUCCUUCACUCAAAUAUCCAGCAACAAUCAAACACGACUAACCACGACCGACGAAGAUUCAGAAAAUUAUAACUUCAACACAGUUGCUGGAGUUUGGGAUUUCAUGCGAAACACUUCCAAAAUCCAGCUUAUUGCUACAUGUGGUGCACCUUUAGAAUGUAUCUUCUGCUUCCAUUCAACUUGUGUAAUGAAUGUGUUCACACAUCAGGCAGCAUAUUGCUUCUUUUCCAAGCUUACUCUAGAAGACAAGACAACAAUGCUGAUUGACCUUCAAGCCCCACUGACGGAACGACAAAUGUAUCCUAUACGGAAAUACGAGCAUCGUGGAUUUAGUAUCAUGCAU